GACCUGAACACUGGCACAAGAACUUCCCCGUUGCCAAGGGAGAGCGCCAGUCCCCUGUAGACAUCGACACCAAUGCAGCUAAGCACGACCCUUCCCUGAAGCCGCUGUCGGUUUCCUAUGAUCAAGCGACUUCCCGGAGGAUCAUCAACAAUGGUCACUCUUUCAACGUGGAGUUUGAUGACUCCCAGGACAAAGCAGCUUCACUUGGUUCACUGGAACACCAAAUAUGCGGAUUUUGGAAAAGCUGCACAGCAUCCUGAUGGACUGGCUGUUCUGGGUGUUUUUUUGAAGGUUGGCAGUGCUAAACCAGGACUUCAGAAAGUCGUUGAUGUGCUGGAUUCUAUUAAAACAAAGGGUAAGAGCGCUGACUUCACUAGCUUUGAUCCUCGUGGCCUCCUUCCUGAAAGCUUGGACUACUGGACCUACCCGGGCUCCUUGACCACCCCUCCUCUUCUGGAAUGUGUGACUUGGAUUGUGCUCAAGGAACCCAUCAGCGUCAGCAGUGAGCAGAUGUUGAAAUUCCGUAAACUUAACUUCAAUGGGGAGGGUGAACCUGAAGAACUCAUGGUAGACAACUGGCGUCCAGCUCAGCCACUGAAGAACAGGCAAAUCAGAGCCUCCUUCAAAUAAAAUGGUCCCAUAACCCUGUAUCCAGAUAAUGAAUCUUUGGGUGUUUCCCUUUAGCUAAGCACAAAUCUGCCUUGAUGAUUUGGACCCCGGCUGCUUUGUGUCUGGUUUUCUAGACCCUCCAUCUCUCACCUGGCAUGUGUACUAAUAAAAGGUGAAGAAGUAGACCAAUUGUCAUGCUUGACAGAAUUACUGUGGCUGGUUGGUGCUUUGCUUAAGGUAGUAGUCUUUCUGUAACAGAGAAUAUAGUGUAAGAAAUAGGAAUAAAGUACUUUGACUUUGUUCACAGCCUGUAGAGUGACGAGCACUCACAAUUGUUCACUAAAAUACUAUUUUUAAAACAUAGGAAAGUAGAAUUCAAAUUUACUUCAUAAGAUAAACUGAGCUACUUAAGGCAAAUCAGGUAGUCAUCAUUCUAUGUAAUGUAAGUCAGAUAAAAUAAAUGUCCGUAAUUCCAAGAUGUUAUGUGAAAGAAAAGCUUUUAAAAUUCUUAUAUAUUUAUAGCAAAGUUAUCUUAAAUAUGAAUUAUGUUGUAAUUUAGUGACUUUUGAAUUACAGAGAUGUAAAUGAAGUAUUAUCUGUAAAAAUUGUUAUAGUUGUGAUACAGAGUAUAUUUCCAUUCAAAUAAUAUAUCAUAACUUAAUAAAUAUUGUAUUUUAGAUAUAUUCUCUAAUAAAAUUCAGAAUUCUA